AUGACGAGCUGGCCGGGCCGUGACACCGGUCUCCGGGUUCCUGUCUUUAAGAUGGGCAGAGGGUGGGAAGGCCUGCUGCGAACUCUGAAGGAAAUCGCCUACGUCCUCCUCUGCUGCUGGUGCAUCAAGGAACUGCUGGAUUAG